GGCGCGGCGCGGCGUGCGUGCGUGCGUGCGGGCAGCCAGCCGGCUGCAUGGCGCGCUGCGAGCGGCUGCGCGGCGCGGGUCUGCGCGACGUGCUGGGCCGGGCUCAGGGGGUCCUGUUCGACUGCGACGGGGUGCUGUGGAACGGCGAGCGCGCCGUGCCGGGCGCCCCGGAGCUGGUGCAGCGGCUGGCGCGGGCCGGCAAGGCGGCGCUGUUCGUGAGCAACAACAGCCGGCGCGCGCGGCCCGAGCUCGCCCUCCGCUUCGCGCGCCUCGGCUUCGGGGGGCUGCGCGCCGAGCAGCUCUUCAGCUCCGCGGUGUGCGCCGCGCGCCUGCUGCGCCAGCGCCUGCUCGGGCCGCCCGACGCGCCGGGCUCCGUGUUCGUGCUGGGCGGCGAGGGGCUGCGCGCCGAGCUGCGCGCCGCGGGGCUGCGCCUGGCCGGGGACCCCGGCGAGGACCCGGGCGCGGCCCCGCGCGUGCGCGCCGUGCUCGUGGGCUACGACGAGCACUUCUCCUUCGCCAAGCUGAGCGAGGCGUGCGCGCACCUGCGCGACCCCGACUGCCUGCUCGUGGCCACCGACCGCGACCCGUGGCACCCGCUCAGCGACGGCAGCCGGACCCCCGGCACCGGGAGCCUGGCUGCCGCAGUGGAAACAGCCUCGGGCCGCCAGGCCCUGGUGGUGGGCAAGCCCAGCCCCUACAUGUUCGAGUGCAUCACAGAGCACUUCAGCGUGGACCCCGCCCGCAUGCUCAUGGUGGGCGACCGCCUGGAGACCGACAUCCUCUUCGGCCACCGCUGCGGCAUGACCACCGUGCUCACGCUUACGGGCGUCUCCCGCCUGGAGGAGGCCGAGGCCUACCUGGCGGCCGGCCAGCAGGACCUCGUGCCCCAUUACUAUGUGGAGAGCGUUGCGGACUUGAUGGAGGGGUUGGAGGACUGAGCCCACCCGGCCUGCAACCGGGGCCCCACCCCUCCCCCUCCCUGAUCCCACAGAUGGAGGCGAUGGGCCGAGGGCCACAUUAAGCGCCACCAGCUCCCUGGCCCUACUUUCUGCACCCUGGUGGGGCUGGGACCCAGGGAGGUUUUAGGGCCCUUGUACCCCUUCCUAGCGGUGGCUGGGUGCUCUUUACUGUCCCAGAAGCUGCCCCCCUCCCCCACCGGUUCACCCUGGCCUGACCCAGCCAGGUGGCCCUAUUUCCUGCCCUGUGACCUCCCCUCCCUGAAAUCUGGGCCCUGAUGCCGGCUGAAGAUUCCCCCAACCCUGAGCACUUAACCCCCUACCCUGCCCUGGGACUGCAGACCUCCACCUGCCCCUCCGUCCUGGCCUUGGGGUCCU